UAAGUUCAAGUUCGUCGUCCCGCAUAAGAGUAAGUAUCAUGUGCAAGUAACUAAGGACACCAAUUACCCUAUAAAAGUUCCUCCGACUUGAUCAGUUCCUAUUAACACCCCCAGGUCAAGUACAGCGGCGCACCAUGAGUCUAUUCAAGAUCCCCUUCAUUCUGGCUUCGGCCGUUGGCAUCCAGAUUUCGUUGACUGAUCCUUCUCCGCCACCGUCAUCUGAAGAGAAGGCGACCCCCUCCUCGUCCGAAUCCUUCAAUGAAUGGUUUUUGAAACUUCGCGGUAUGAAGUUACUGAAGACCAGCGCAUGGGCAGCAUCGUUGACUGAAGUGGCCAGCAUCCUAGCAAUGCAUAUAGAUCCCUCGCAUAUUCCAGAAGACAUUUAUGGCGCUAGAGCUGUGCGGUUUUUAUGCAAUCUUCACCCUACACCAAUCACCCCUGCUUUCCUUGUUGGCAGUAUUGCCAUCGCGAUUGGCGGCGCAUUGAGGCUUUAUUGUAUAUCGACGUUAGGAAAGUUUUGGAGCUUCCACCUCAGCGUCAGAAAAGAGCACAGACUUGUGACAAGCGGGCCGUACUCGGUGGUCCGCCACCCGAGCUACACUGGUGUCCUUUUCCAAGGCAUCGGGGUCGCCGUCAUGUACGGAAGUCAAGGAUCAUGGAUGAGGCAGUCUGGGAUAUUACAAGUGCCUUUCAUUAAAGUCCGACCUGCGGAGGAGGACCGAAUGUUGCAGCGUGCUCUAGGGGAAGAAUGGGAGAAUUGGGCAAAGAAAGUGAAAUACCGGCUUAUUCCUGGGGUUUAUUGAUUAGAUAUAACUAGAGGCUCUUCCCGUUUACUUCUUGUAAUGCGGGGAUCGGUGUG